AUGACCACGUACGGCAGCGGUAACAACAGCGUGGCCUUGCCCACGACGCGUCUCGUGCUCAAGCACUCGGAGCGCCCGAGCGCGAGCCGCCCGCGCAAGGCGGCGCUCGCGUUGGGCCUCGGCGUCGCGCUUGGCUGCGCGUACGCGGCGACCGCCCACCAUGGCCGCGUCGCGCCGCUCCUGCUCGGCGACGCCGUGCGUGGCUGCGACUUCCGCGACGGCGACCGCAUUACGCUCCGCGCCGACACGGGCAAGUACUUUUCGCGCUGCAACAACUGCAUCCCGGACGCCGCGUACCCGGAUGCCGCCUUUGUCCACGCCGACGCCGUGAGCCCGGCCGCGGUCUGGACGGUCGUCCGCGCCGCCAACAACAAGGUCGCGCUCCAGGGCGACAACGGCAAGUUCCUCGCCCGCUGCACCAACUGCGCGCCGAUCGCGACGCACGCCGACGAAGCGUUCGUGCACGUGGCCGACUACACGGAGGGGCCGUGGGCGCAGUGGACGUGCAUGGACGCGGGCAAGGGCAAGAUCGCGCUCGCGGACGACACGGGCAACUACCUGAGCCGCUGCAACAACUGCGUCAACGGCGCGUUCCCGGACGCGGCCUUUGUGCACGAAGCGCACUUCCACAACAAGCAGCACGCGCAGUGGACGGCCGCGCGCGUCGGCAACUAA